AAGUAAAAAAAAAAGGUAUGGUUACAGAGAGAACACGCGACUAUGGUAACACUAACACUUUGAGGUUGUCUCUGCGAAACAAACACCGACCUCAGUUACAGUUAAUCUAACCGUUUCAUUCGUUUGAGGUCAUGGCGUUUUGGCACCGAAUCAGAAAUCCCAACCUCAAAACCCUCUCCAUCCAAUUCCAAAGAUGUUACAUUCGCCUUCCCCAUGCUUCCACUCCCAAACCCUGCCCUAUCAACAUUCCUCAUCCCUAUUCCGUGUUUCAUCGCAGACCCUCAUCUGUGAGGUUCUUCGCUGCACCCGUUCAGUUUCAGGUAAAGCCCAAGGAUGAGGAGGAGGACUCCGAUGAGUAUCGUUUGAAUGACAAAAUCAAAGCUACAUAUAUCAGGCUUGUGAGGGAUGAUGGGCAGCAUUCAAUACUACCAAAGUUUGAAGCAUUGGAACUUGCCAAGGAGCUCAAACUUGAUUUAGAUAUAUAUCAUGAGCCAAAAUAUUAUGACCUAUUAUGGAUUGGGUGGAAACUCUAG